UUUGGUACAGUCUAGAAUUCAGUUGACGCAGAUAAGUAACAGAGUAAAUAACACUUUACAGAAGACCAAGCAGCUGAACCAGCUCUAUUAAGACAAGAUGAAAAAGUUAUUUUUGAUGCUUUUUCUCUGUCAGUUUUCAUUUGCAGUGAAACACACCCUGAGGUAUGCCUUAACUGCAAAUUCUGGAGUGCAAGACUUCAACUUUGUCGGUGUUACAGUGGUUGAUGGCAUUGUGGCGGGUUACUGCGACAGUGUCAACAAGAUAGUGGAACCAAAACAGGACUGGAUGAGAAAUUUCAUUGAAGAUGAUCCUCAGCACUUGGAGUGGUACAUGCUAAGAUGUUUUGAGUAUGCUCCCGACUUCUACAAAGCCACGAUUUACAGUUUGAAACAGCGCUUCAACCAAAGUGGAGGUGUCCACAUUCUCCAGACGAAUAGUGGUUGUGAAUGGGAUGACGAGACUGGAGAGGUUAAUGCUUUUACUCAGUUUGGUUAUGAUGGAGAAGACUUAAUAUCAUUCGACCUGAAGACACUGACAUGGGUCACACCAAAACCACAGGCUUUCAACAUCAAAAUGAGAUGGGACGCUGACAAAACUAGAAUUCAAAACACUGAAUACCAACUCACGCAGGCUUUCCCUGAGUGGCUGAAGAUGUAUCUGGCCUACAGCAACAGCUCUCUGCUGAGAACAGAGCCCUCAGUGUUUCUCCUCCAGAAGACGCCCUCCUCUCCAGUCAGCUGCCACGCUAUAGGUUUCUUCCCUGACAGAGCCAUGAUGUUCUGGAGGAAAGAUGGAGAGGAGAUUCAUGAAGAUGUGGAACAUGGAGAGAUUCUCCCCAACCAUGAUGGUACCUUCCAGAUGAGUGUUGACCUGGACCUUUCAUCAGUCACACGUGAAGACUGGUGGAGGUACGACUGUGUGUUUCAUCUCUCUGGUGUAAAGGACAACAUUGUUACCAGACUGGAUGAAGCAGUGAUCAGGACCAACAGGGAGAGGCCCAGUAACAUGACCGUCCCCAUCAUUGCUGCAAUGGUUGCUCUUGCUCUCUUCCUUGUCGCUGCCUUUGGAUUCAUGGCUUACAAAAAGAAGAAAGCCAAAGGCCCUCCAUCUCCUCCUGACAACGCCCCUGAGGUCUCUGAGAAACUGAAUCCAGCCAACUGAUUGACAAACGCACUCACUGAGUUUCCUCAUAUGGGAUGAAGAAAGUAAACUCUUUGACAUGUGCCAUGUUAAAUAACAUUACAUAACAUAAGUGAAGUAUUAGUCAUGAUUUGUGUGCUUGAUAUGUUUGUGCAAGUUUUUUUGACAGAUGCAAUAAGCACCCAGGUGUCCAUAGCCAACAACGUUUUUGCACCCAGGGUUGAAAGGCUAUUGUGGCUGUUUACAUUACAGUGUUCUGGGCAUUCGAGCAACAUCGGAAUAUGAC